ACCCUCCUAAAUCCACACAGAGUAAGACGAGUCAAUCAUCAUCAUAAUAGUUGUUAUUCUCUCUCUCAACCAAACCAACCUCUGCUUAUUUAAAAACUUUCAAUCCUAACUCCCACCGCCGUAACGUUCUUUCUUUCUCUUUCUUUCACCGGAAUUAUAACUAACUCCGAUCCGUUCUCUCUCCCAACACUCCAUCUAAAUUUCUCCGAAACGAAUAAGUAUAUUAAAUUACAUAUGCUUCCAUUCAUUUUCAUUUAUUUAGUUUAAUUAAUACAUAUUAUUCUGACGUAGACUUUGUCUUUGUCCCUUCCAAUUUUCACAUUACAUUUUCCGUGAAUUUCUUUUUCUAUUUCUAUUUUACUUGUAAAUCUCCUACCUAGACGUAACCGUUUUUAUUAUUUUUUUCUUAUAAACUCAUCUCACGCGAAUUCCGCUUCCCGCCUCCGUUCCGUUUUCCUUUUUCUGACUCUGAUCGCCCUAAGGGCCCAUAGCAUGAAGCUUCUUCUCUCAAUCACCGCCGCAAUCUCUCGCCGCCACGUCAGCUUCAUCGAUUUUACACUAACUCCCUUGCAUUAACUAAUUAUUCCGGCCACAUGCAUCCUUUCUGCUGUGUAUCUGCUAUCUCCGAUCAGGCCUCGCCGGUGAAACCCUCGCCGUCUCCUUUUCCUGACUUCACCAUGCCUCCUCUCCCACCACCGCCAGCGGUGGUAGCAGUUAGAUCCGACUCGGUUCCGAGACAUAGCCAGAGCCAGAGUAUCGGUAGUCAGCGGGAGUCUCCGGCGGUGGUUCUCGAUGUGAAGAUUAAUGAUCUCGUCGGAAAUGGAAUCUCCGGGAUACUGUAUAAAUGGGUGAAUUACGGAAAAGGAUGGAGACCUCGAUGGUUUGUUCUUCAAGAUGGCGUUCUCUCCUACUAUAAAAUUCACGGUCCUGAUAAAAUCAUCGUUAACCAUGAAACUGAGAAAGGUUCGAAGGUUAUCGGUGAGGAAUCUAUUCGGAGGAUCAAUCGCAAUCGCAAUUCUCAUCCCUAUCAAAACCGUCGAAAGCCCUUUGGUGAAAUCCAUCUCAAGGUUUCAACGAUUCGAGAGAGUAAAUCAGAUGAUAAGCGAUUUUCUGUGUUCACGGGAAUGAAGAGACUCCACUUGAGAGCAGAGUCACGUGAAGAUCGUGUGGCGUGGAUGGAAGCUUUGCAAGCUGUGAAAGAUAUGUUUCCUCGAAUUUCCAACAGUGAAUUGAUGGCUCCUGUCGACAACGUAACAAUUUCAACUGAGAAACUGAGAAAUCGGCUUUUGGAAGAAGGAGUGGGUGAAGCAGCUAUUCAAGACAGUGAACAAAUUAUGAGAACUGAAUUUGCAGCGUUGCAAAAUCAACUAAUGUUGCUUAAGCAGAAACACUCCAUUCUCAUUGACACCUUACGCCACUUAGAGACAGACAAGGUUGAUCUGGAGAAUACAGUAGUUGAUGAGAGCCAAAGACAGUGGAAUGAUCAAGAAAAUUCCAAUGGGUUAAUGCUAGAAAAAUUUAGUGAUGGAAGUGCAAGUGAAUCUGAGGAUGAUAAUGAAAGAAAUGAUGCUGCAGAGGAAGAAACAGAUGAAGAUGACAAUGUCUUUUUUGAUACCCGUGAUAUUCUAUCAUCAAGUUCUUUUAAAAGUAAUGGGUCUGAUUAUAGAGUAUCAUCUUUCUCUUCUGAUAAUGAUACCUUUGAAUCAGAGGAAGAUGUGGAUUCUUCAAAUAAAUAUAUUGGAACCAACCAUCCUCAUGUUAAGAGGCGAAAGAAAUUGCCAGACCCUGUAGAGAAAGAGAAAGGUGUCAGUCUUUGGUCAAUGAUCAAGGAUAAUAUAGGGAAAGAUCUAACAAAAGUUUGCCUGCCUGUUUACUUUAAUGAGCCUCUCUCCUCCCUGCAAAAGUGUUUUGAAGAAAUGGAGUAUUCGUAUCUGCUGGACCAAGCAUAUGAAUGGGGAAAAAGGGGUGAUAGCCUCAUGAGAAUUCUCUUUGUCGCUGCUUUUGCUGUUUCUGCAUAUGCUUCAACUGAAGGAAGAAUUUGCAAACCAUUUAAUCCAUUACUUGGGGAAACAUAUGAAGCUAAUUAUCCAGAUAAAGGCCUUCGUUUUUUCUCAGAGAAGGUCAGCCAUCACCCUAUGAUAGUUGCAUGUCACUGUGAGGGUACAGGUUGGAAAUUUUCGGGGGAUAGCAACUUAAAAAGCAAAUUUUGGGGCCGAUCAAUUCAGCUUGACCCUGUUGGUAUUUUGACUUUGGAAUUUGAUGAUGGGGAGGUUUUCCAGUGGAGCAAGGUUACGACAUCAAUAUACAAUCUCAUAUUAGGAAAGCUUUACUGUGAUCACUAUGGUACAAUGCGUAUAGAGGGAAAUCAAGAGUACUCUUGUAAGCUGAAGUUCAAGGAACAGUCUAUAAUUGAUCGAAAUCCUCAUCAGGUUCAUGGUAUAGUCCAAGAUAGGAACGGAAAAACAGUAUCAACCUUGUUUGGAAAAUGGGAUGAAAGCAUGCAUUAUGUUAAUGGAGACUAUACUGGGAAGGGGAAAGGUCAUGAGUCUUUGUCAGAGGCCCGUCUACUCUGGAAGCGAAGCAAGGCUCCCAUGUUUCCCACUAGAUAUAACUUCACUCGCUUUGCCAUCACAUUAAAUGAACUAACCCCUGGAUUGAAGGAAAAGUUGCCACCUACAGAUUCCAGGUUAAGACCAGACCAGCGGUAUUUAGAAAAUGGGGAGUAUGAGAUGGCAAAUUCAGAAAAGUUGCGGCUAGAGCAGCAACAACGGCAGGCCCGGAAGAUGCAAGAGAGCGGCUGGAAACCACGGUGGUUUGCUAAGGAUAAAGCAAGCGGAACAUACCACUAUGUGGGAGGGUAUUGGGAGGCUCGAGAAAAAAGAAACUGGGACUCCUGUCCUGACAUCUUUGGCCAAAUUUCUCCUGAUCAUCUUUCCGAUGAAAUUCAAAUUACAUCUUAAUUUUUCUGCUUAUUCUUCCCUCCACAUUUUUUAUACAGAUGGGUGUCUAUGACUGCCGCAGUCGUGGUAUACCCAUGAAAUUGAUGUAAGGUAAUCCACCGAAAAAAUGAGCGAGCAAUAAUGUAAUUCUUUCUCUUAAUUGUUUCACGUCCGUUCCAAGUCCA